ACCAGCUUAGUAGUCGAGACAAGCCUUUAUCAUUGACAAAGCCUUUUUGGUCCUGUACCUUUUCGAACACAUGCAUACACAUGGUAUGUGUAGAUACUCGGUUUUGGGGAACUUGGACAAAUAUUUAAACUCAUGAAAACUCACGGUAUAUAUUGGUUUAAUAAUUUAUAAUGUAGCCAUCUUUUAUAUCCUGAUAAGAUAACGUGACCGGGAAAACUGAAUGAAUUCAGUACUGUAUAAAAAUGAAUUUGUAGGGUUUGAAAUAGUUCAGAAUAUACAUGUUUAAUACCAAGUAAGACAUUUUUACCGCGGUGCAUUAAACUGUCACGCAUCGUUUCGUGCAUUUUCAAAAUUGUGCGUCGUACAAUAGCAUUUCAGCAAUCCGAGUGCAUUAGUACGAAACUAUGUUUCCAAAAUCACUAUAUACAUUCUUUGAUACCAAAUAUUCAACUCAAUUGUAACAUAAUGUUGUUUUGAUUCCCUGAUCUUAAAAAAGCGAACCUCUUGCGGCACAGGGGUAGGGGAAGUGUCUGUCUCUUUACCAGGUGGUCAUUGGUUCAAAUCCUUGACUAAAAGGUAUGUUGAUCGUUGAAUUAAAAGCCGUUUUCGCUGCUAGCGAAUACUGGCUAGAUCCUCACGAAAUUGACAACAAGCAUUUAAAUAAGUUGCUACACUUCAGAUAAAAAGGAAUAAGUUUGCGAUGUCGAAAGAUUUGAGUAUAAUAGAUACGUUAAUAAAAAAGGUAUAAAAGGUAAAAGGAUAUUUUUUUUAAAAGAUGCGCCCACACUGUUACGAAUGCUUGUAAGACAAAAUACAUGUAUAUCGGUAAUUCAUAAACGCAAUACAAUGCAUAUUAAAUCUUAUAACUAUCUUUUCUCGGAUAUUUUAAAUAGAAACAGUAUAACGGCAUUAGAACCGGAUGCUAAGUACGCCGCUGUUCAGUUUUGAAAAAAACAAACUUACAUACAGUUUGAGAAAACCCCUAUAGUAAGUUCGCAGUCCGUGGUCCGCAGUACGCGUCGAAGUAAGCUGAAAAUCUCUAUUAGAAGGUAGCAGAAAUGGCGAAAAUCUGACGUUUAUAACAAAAAUGCACUUACUGACCUUUGACCUUGUGCUGUGACCUUACUAUGACCUUUAGAAGGCGACAGCCCCCCUGAAUUUUUUCCAAUUUUAAUGGCUGUUGGGCAUUAACAAAAAAUGCCAUCAAAGGCAAUUUCUAGGCCUCUUUUUGGAUAUAUAGGCAGACUAUAAAUACAGUGAGAAAUCUAAAUGUCCUAAUGUUACACACAGUUCAAACCAGGUCAGUGUAGGAGAUUUAAUAUAUUUGUAUUCAGACAAGCAGAAAUCUCGUGCGAGGGACAUAUACCCUUUUGUUUCUAUUGACAAUGAAUGGUGCUUUAUAAAAAAGUUCACAGGAAAUCAGUUACGCGCUACAUCUUACAAAAUAAAACUGUCUGAAUGUUACCGCGUUGAGAGUGAGAUUCAUUCUAUUUAUUCCCCAAGUCUGAAAGAUUUUGAAAAUGAGAGUGAUAAUGAGGACACUGAAUCAAACACGUGCAUUUCUGAGAUGGUUCCAGUGCCUCCGACUUUAACUAUACCAUUACUAAAUGAUAAUGUCCUUCGUGAGCCUUCUGAACCUUAAAUGUUAAUCGGCGAACUUGAUGAAAGCCCUCCUCUGGAAAAGGGGCGUUCUGAUGAAGAUAUAGAUGAAACUCCACAGUCUAGACCACGAAGAUGUCGUAAACCUCCAAGUACUUGGAGUAUUAUGAGACAUAAACAAUUCAUGACUAUAAACUACAUACCAGUAUUUGUAAACCUGGCGGUAUAUUUACCACUAGUACACACUGGUGUACAUUUAUUGGAAUAUUGAUAAUCUAUGAUAGCUUAAGAGUUUGGUUGAGAAAUGUUUUUCAUGUUAUAGGACUAGAAUCCGUAUGUUUCCAUGUGACAGUAUAUUUUUUUAACAUUUCUUUGUACUAUGCUUUUCUGUUUUAUGUUUUAUAUGAUUAGGAAAUCUCAUUAAGUAUAAAAUAGGUAUAUUUACUAAACAAGUGUUAAAUAACCUACAUAUCUGAAUAUUGACAUACUUUUUGUUUAGCAGUUACUUAUGGUUAAUUCUUAUGCGGCACAUAAACUACAUAUUUUUCCUUUAUCAGCUUGAGAUAUAAAUUCAUGUUCUGAACUACCGUACUUGUACUUUUAAGUUGGAUACUUAACUAUUUUAAUAAUUGGAAUGCUUAACUAUUUUAAUAAUUGAGAAUAGUUUUUCUUUAAAGAUAAAAGAAGAGGUUGCGCCACUGUAUACACAGUUGUACGGUAUUAGUACGGCAUACAGUUGUUAGCUUUAUGUUGCAAGGGUUGUCGCCCUUUUGCUUAUCUCCUCCAUUUGUAAUCAUAAAGAGUUGAUUUACGUUUCUCUGCCAAUAAACGUUGAUUUGCAUCGUUACCGUUGUUCCUUGUUAACUGGCGCGUGAACAUUUAAUAAAAAGUGUCCCAGAGAGAUGCAGUUCUUAAAGUUGACAUAUUUAUUGAAUAAGAGUUUGAAAAUAAAAUUCUCACGUACUGAUACUGAUAUAAAAGGUUGGCUGACUUGUAUAGCGUAUUAUCUGGGCUAAAGAACAGUUUUUUAUUCGGACGUGCAGAACUACCUUAAAGAAAGACAAUAUAUCAGUUGUACAAUCGGACAAAACUGAACAUAUGUCAUUAAAUGAGAACACGUUAUCAAAUGUGCAGCCUAACGAAGAAACUGAACAGAUGGCAUUAAUGAAGAAUACUAUAUCAAAUGUCCAGCCUGACGAAGAAACUGAACAUAUUGCAUUAAAGAAGAACACUAUAUCAAAUGUGCAGCCUGACGAAGAAACUGAACAUAUGGCAUUAAAGAAGAACGAUGGCACAGUUGUACCACCGGACGGUGGAUGGGGGUGGAUGAUAGUUCUCGGUUCCUUUCUGGUGCAUUUAAUCACUGAUGGAAUAUUAUUUUCAUUUGGAAUUCUAUAUAUAGAGUUCUUAGACUAUUAUAAAGGCGGCAAAGGGGAGACUGCUUGGAUAGGUUCACUGGUAAUGGGUUUUCAGUUAUUCGCUGGCCCAUUAGCAAGUAUCUUGACCAACAAGUUUGGAUGUCGAUUAACAACAAUAGUUGGUUCUGUGGCUGUUGCCGUAGGAUUUGUGCUCAGCAUUUUUUCACCAAAUCUUUAUUUCCUGUAUUUCAGUUUUGGUGCAAUUUCAGGUAUCGGGUUUUGUUUGACCUAUUUACCAGCUGUUGUUAGCGUAGGACACUAUUUUGAAAAAAAACGUACUUUUGCGGUUGGACUUGCAUCAUGUGGAAGCGGUAUAGGUUCGUUCAUUUUUAAUCCGGUCACAAAAUAUUUAAUUGACGUGUAUGCAUGGCGAGGUGCAUUACUUAUUCAAGCGGGUAUUGUACUAAACUGUGUCCUUUGUGGAGCUAUAUUUAGACCACUAGAAAAGCAAACAACAUCCGCACCUGAAACAAUGGCUUUAGAAAAACAUAAAGUUAGGGAAGAAAACGUCCUAUUGACUAGCGAUACCACAGAUUUAAGGUUGUGUGCCGAUAACAGUGAUUAUGUACAUGGCAGUCAAUCAUUCCUUGAGCAGCCUUCAACAUCAGAAGUUGAAAAUAGUAAACGUUACGCCUGCAAAGAUAAAAAGGGCUCGUUUCACCGUGAAAGUUCUUUACAAAAGAAAGAGAACCCACAAGAACAGCGAUUUUGUGCAGAGGAUAUGGCUGAUCAAUUUCAUCGACAUGAAGAACUUUCUCUGAGUGAUAUAGAUUCCAAUACAUCUGCGUUGCUCCCCACGUCGGACAAGAAGACCGAAAGUUUUGAAUUGGUAACUGACGACAAGACCAAAUUUGCAAAGAAAUUGUGCUGUGGCUAUGGACGAACCGAUUUACAGCGUACGAUGAAGCAAUCGUGCAACUUUUCCCCACAGAAGAACUUGGUUUUCAUAAUGUAUCUAAUUUCAAAUGUCUUUGCCAGUUUAAGCCUCAAUGUCCCGUUCGUUUUCUUGUAUGGUCACGCCAUUGAUCAGGGAAUAGACACAGAGAGUGCUAAAUGGUUAGGUUCUAUUACUGGGAUAGCGAAUACUUUUGGAAAAAUUUUAAGUGGACUUAUUGCGGACAAAUUCAAAAUUAAUCGGUUAUUGCUAUUCAAUACUACAUUGACAAUAUGUGGUAUUGCAACAACCCUUUGUCCUUUGUGCUUUAAUUUUACCUCGUUAGUUCUGUUCUCAUGCGUGUUUGGUCUUUCAUUUGGUAUGUAUGUUCCAUUGAUGUCAGUUGUCCUUGUUGACCUUUUAGGACUAGAGCUGUUAAAUAAUUCUUUCGGCUUGCUACUGAUGUUUAAAGGGAUGGCAAAUUUGAUGGGUCCACCGGUUGCAGGUUGGCUUUACGAUGCAACAGGAAGUUACGAUAUACCUUUCAUAAUUGGUGGCAUCACUUUGACUGCGAGUGGAAUAGUGUUGUAUCCUGUAACCUGUAUAAGGAGAUGUCGUAAAAAUAAGGAGUGUAAAGGAGUGUAAAGGAGAAGAGCGUUCUAAUAAGACAAAACAAUACAUAUUUAAAACAAAUAUUACCAUUCAUAUCCAGAGUUACCAGAAUUUUUUAAGCCUUCAGUGCAAGUAUUGUUCCAAGAGAAAUAAAGUAUUAUCUAAACAGAAGACUGUCGCAAAAUGACAAUCAUUUGAAAGAAAAUGUAGUACGUUGUAUGUACAUAACACUUCAUUUAUCAUAUUAUACUCUUAAACUUUCAUUUUUCAAAAGAUCCAGUUAUACUUGACCUUGUAAAAAGCGUAUUGCAUUACAAAAAUACUAUUUAUAAAUAACAAUCAUUUUACACUCCAUCAGUGGACUGAACAGAUCUUUACGUUUUGAAAUCAUGAACAAAUGCAACUGGGUAAUAGUUUUCAGAUCGCUGUUAGUCAUUGUUUGGACAGUACUAAUAUAAUUUCUUAUAUAUAACAGUUUUAAGCAAUUCCAUCAGCGGAAUAUUUUCUCUUUUUUUUCUAUUAUCUCUUACAUGUCUAUAUUCAUUCAGAAAUGUCUGCAAGAGGAAUAUUUUAGUUCUAAUAAGCAGCAAUUAAUGAACUAUCAAGUAAUGGCACUGCAAGACAUUGUCACCCGGGGCAACAUAAGAACUUUACUACUAUACUAUAAAUAGAUAUUCUCGUUUGAAGAAAUCGGGAAGUUAGAAAUAUUUUUGCAAUAAAUGCAAAUGUCCAAAAUUACUGAA